GCUGUCUACGUUGCAGGCGCCGCGCCGCGAUGGCGCCGCGCGUUCCGCGGUAGCGACAGCGACUCUCGACCCCUCGGCGCCUCGAGCGACAUGGCCUCGGAGCCCAGGGGCGGCCUGCUGCCGGGCGGCGGCGGCGGCAGCAGCAGCAGCUUGUGCUUCGACAGGGAGCAGUUCAUGAAAGACGGAUUUGACGUGGACAGCUUCGUGGCAGAAUGCAAGAAGCACGUGCAGCUGGAGGUGCUGCGCGAGGACUUGGAGGUGUAUUACAAACUUCUCAAGAGCUCCAUGGUGGAGCUCAUCAACAAAGAUUACGCGGACUUCGUCAACCUCUCAUCCAACUUGGUUGGAAUGGACAAAUCAUUAAAUCAGCUUCGAGUACCCCUGGGGCAGCUGAGAGAGGAAGUCCUGUGUGUGAGGUCUGCACUAAACGAAGUAAUUCAAGCCUUCGAUGACAGGCUGGCCAAGAGGACAGAUAUUCGUAAGAAAAAGGCUUGCCUGCAGAGGUUAAUGCACGUGAUCCGCUCAGUGGAAAAAAUAGAGAAAAUCCUUCAAACGCAAGGCUCCAGGGACGGCCUAUCUGCUUCUGACACCAACAGCGUUCCACUGGCUGGGCAGACCCUGGAAAGAAUCGCCACCGAGUUUAACCAGUUGCAGUUUUACGCUGUUCAGAGCAAAGGCAUGCCCCUACUGGACAAUAUCCGCCCGCGCAUCGCGGGCAUCACGGCCACGUUGCAGCACUCGCUGGAGGGGCUGCUGCUGGAGGGGCUGCAGGCGGGCGACGGUGGCGUAGUGCGGCAGUGCCUGCGCACGUACGCCACCAUCGACAAGACACGCGACGCAGAGGCUCUCGUCUCGCAGAUUCUCGUCAGGCCGUUUGUUGAGGAGGUCGUCUCGGAGCAGUACGUACAGAGCCACCCCCAGGGUCUCAAGGGCAUGUACAGCAAGCUGCUUGAGUUUGUACCACACCACUGCCGUCUGCUCAAGGAAGUCACUAUGGGAACACUUGUCAGCGGGGAGAGAACGGAGGUUGUGCAUGGCUACGACUUCCCUGUGAACUCCGUGUGGCCCGAGAUGGUGCGGUGUUUGGAGCAACGUCUCUCUUCCAUCUUCAAUGCGGGGAAUCCCGAUGUCUUCCACGAGAAAUACAACGUGAGCAUGGAGUUUGUGUCUGCCUUUGAGAGGCAGUGCGCAUCCCAGGCCAGUGUGCGCCGGCUGCGUGCACACGCGGCCUACGAGAGCUUCUCAAACAAGUGGAGCCUGUCCGUGUUCUUUCAGAUACGGUUCAAGGAAUUGGUUGAAAACCUGGAGAGUGCGCUGCAUUCGGGGCUCCAGCCGGCACCAGCUGACAGUGAGUUCCGGCUCCACGCUACCCACGGGCUGUGGAUGAGUCUGCAGAGGUGCUGGGCCGACCCCGUGUACCUGCCGCCCCUGGCUCAUCGCUUUUGGAAGGUCACGCUGCAGAUGCUGGCUCGCUAUGCCAUCUGGAUGCAAGAGCUGCUGGAGCCUCCGGCCCCCGACCCGCACGACCAUCCACGACGGGAGGGUGGAGGGCUCAAGCCUUCGCAGUCCACCCCCGGGUUUGGCUCCAUGCUUCAGCAGCAUCAACAUCAGCACGAACCGCACGGUGCGGUCAACGCCUACGGUGGCGCGGGGGUGAAGCGGUCGCCCUCGGUGCAGUCCCUGGGUGGCGAGGAGAAUCACACGGGCAGGACCGCCUCUGAUGUGUCGAGCUCCAAAGCCCCGUCAUGUGGCCAGCUGGCAUCAGUCGUUGGUGAUAGUGACAGGAUACAGAAAAAGCUUGAAGACUUUUUGCAGACUGUGAUCAAGCCCCGGUUGGACCUCUUGGGGUUCAAAGACUACGACAGCCUCUCCGGCGCGCUGGCGGAGUCGCGAGCGGCCCUGGAGGGGGCCGUGCCGGCGUGCGGCACGCGCAUCACGGGGGAGCUCGCCGAGCUGUGCUCGGGCUGCCUGCGUGGUGCCCAGGAGGUGCCGCGGCUCUACCGCCGCACCAACAAGGAUGCCCCCAGCAGGCCCUCGCCCUACGUGGAGAAUGCGCUCCGACCCUUGGAGCAGAUGCUGAGCGAGCACACGGGCGCCGUGGAGCACGCUCGCCUGCACGCCUGGAUCCUCGACUCGUUGCGGAAAAGCACAGAGAGGUACCACGAGACGGUCUCCGACGUACUCACGUCUGUGCGCAAGAUGGAAGAGAGCCUGAAGAGGCUGAAGCAGGCGAGAAAAACGGGGGCAGGGGCGACAGCGGCGGCGGCAGCAGCAAGCGGCACAGGGCUGACGGACGAUGACAAAAUCCGAUUACAGCUCUACCUGGAUACGCAGGCCUUCCGUCAGCAGAUUGAGAAGCUUGGUGUUGAAGCAUCGGAAAUUCCAACACUCCAAUCACUCAUAGACACUGUACAAACAGCCAAAGCGCUCGUCACUACAGAAAGUAUAUCAUGACCUUAUGUUUUGUUCUUAAGAGGCACUGGAGAAUAAUUCUCUGUUUAUAAGUUACUGAAAUAAAGACGGUACAAGUUA